GUAUAAUGGAUUGCCGUGUGAUGAAGGAUUUGGGUUGGAUUGAAUUUCUUUUCUUGGAGAUAUAGUAAUUAUAUAUCGGCCUAAUCUGUUUUUUUUAAAGAUGUCGGGUAACAAAGAAGAAAAACCUCAGGCUGCUGCUGAUAGAAUCAAGGCUGCAGCACUUUGUGCUGCCAAAGGCCUCAGUCGUGCUCAGGCUGAAAGGGCGGCUACUGCCGCUACUCGGAAUGUUAAUGCUUACGGGCAGAAGGAAGAAGGACCUAGUAGAUGGCAGGAGAAAAGGGAGGCAAGGAGGCAAAUGUAUUUGAUGAGUACGGAGAAGGCGGUGAGGUUAGGCGAAAGGAAAGACAAGGCUACGAUGCCUACAAUGGGUGCUUCACAGUGCCAAAAGUGUCUCCAAGCAGGGCAUUGGACUUUCGAAUGCAAGAACGAACGGGUUUACAUGUCACGAUCCUCUCGAACUCAGCAGCUUAAGAACCCCAAACUCAGGAUGAAGCUUUCGAUUUCUUAUGAUUUGGACAUCCCAGAUGGACAGGAUAAGAAGGAUGAUGAUAGAUCUAAGAAAAGCAAAAGGAAAUAUCGGUCAGAUUCCGGUACUGGUAGUGAUAGCGAGGCUUCAGUUUUUGAGACCGAUAUUGAUGCCUCGUCUGUCACGGGAUCAGAAUAUUCUUCAGAGGGGAGUAGUACGGAUUGCAGCUCAUCCUCCGAGUCAGAGGAAGAGAGGAGGAGGAGGAGGAGGAAGAAGAAGAAGAAGCAAAAGAAGGGUAGGCGUAGGAGGUACAGCUCAUCUUCUGAGUCUUCUGAUUCAGACUCAGAUUCCGAUGAUCGGAGCAGGCAGAAGAAGAGCUCAAGGUGUAGCAGAAAGCGCUGAAUGAGAGAGGGUAGUACACAACAUUGAAGGUUAUGGUCUUGACUGGUACCGAAGAUCAAGCCCUCCAAAAUAAGUUUGCAAGAUGAUUGCAUCCUUUUUUCUUCUUCUUCUUUCUUACACUGUUUUGUUAUAACAUAAUUGAGAUUAGUUUGUAGUUGUGCAUUAUCAGAUUUGGAGAUGUUAUGAAAUGAUUGUAGCUUGAAAAUUCCUAUAGUAAGUUUCUGAGUAUUUUGGACAA